UAACACAUAAAAAGAAGCAUCAUGGUGGGUUUCAGUGUAGUCACUUUCACAUGAAAGAGAGUGAUAAGAAGAAAUGUUGUGCCUGAGGGAUCUCUGUGUUCUCAUCUCAAGUGGGCUUCUCCUCAUUGUCCAGUCAAGUCAUGGUUCGGAAAUUAUUGGAGGGAAAGAAGUGGAGCCGCACUCGAUGCCUUUCAUGGCUCUGCUGAAGGCAAAGUCACCACAAUGUGGAGGGACACUAAUCCAUCCAAAAUGGGUUCUGACUGCUGCCCACUGUGCCAAGAUAAAAGAAGUGUUGCUGGGGGUCCACGCCAUCAAAAAAAAGGAGAAAUGCUCCAGGCAGGUCCAAAAGGUGAAGAGAAGUGUUCCUCAUCCAGACUAUAAUAAGGUUACAGAGGGCAAUGACCUCAUGUUACUCGAGCUAAAGACACCAGUGAAGAAAACCGAUUCAGUGGAAUGGCUUGAGUUGGGUAAAACCAUCCAAGAUCCAGCAGCUGGCAAACGCUGUCUGGUGGCCGGAUGGGGAGAAACAAGACAAAAGUUCAAAAAAGCGAAGAUGUCAGCCGUCCUGAUGUCUGUCAACGUGACCGUCAUCGACAGAGCAGCCUGCAACUCUCCCAACCAUUACGACCGUAAACCUGUUAUCACCAGUGACAUGAUAUGUGCUGGUUCAACUGGUGAUAAAAUGGCUGACACCUGUAAAGGGGAUUCAGGAGGCCCGUUUCUGUGUGACAGACAGCUAGUUGGAGUCACCUCUUUUGGAGGAAAGGUGUGUGGCGACAAGAAAGAAGUUGGAGUGUACUCUUUUCUCUCCAAAAAACACCUCAAGUGGAUCAAAGAAACAGUGGGGAUGUCUGACAUUUCAUGAAUCAGCAGGCACAAACCUACUCAUGAGCUAAUGUCAGCUUAGUUAACUAGAUGGGUGCCUGGCUAACUCACCUACAUGACUAUUUUGCAACUGUUAUCCUUAUUAACUGCAAUUUUAUUGGUAAAUGUGUCACUGCUACGACUGCAAACUGCACAAUUGAACCAUAUAUCCAUUACAGACUUAUAUAUCUGUAUGUUUAACUCCUAGCAUUCUCUAGUUUUCACAUGCUUUUAGAAUCACAAGCAUAUCCAUUAUGGCGCCACUUGAUGAUGUUACAAAAUCAAUUUAUUUUUUGUUUGUGCUUUUAUUCUUCUACUUGUGUAAAAAAUGUUAAUUGAAAUAAAUUCUAAAUUUGG